CUCGCCAUAUUUAGUCACUGUUGGGCUUGGUCUCCACUGAAUCAUUGAAAUCGCCAACCAUAUAACUUUGUUCGAAGCUUUGUUAAUCACACAAGGAUUACCACAGAAGAGCUCUAAACAGAGAUGAGGAUGUCGAUGGUGACGCCAGUCUGUGUGUUUCUCCUCACCUGCCUUGCACUGGCCACAGCACAAAGCAGCCGAGCCCAGCAGAACAACCCAUGUUUGAGGGAUUAUGCACAGAAGUCCUGCGGAGCCUGUAUUGCCACCGGAGCGGAAUGUGGCUGGUGUCUGGAGGAGGACUUUGACAAAGAUAAUCGUGCACGAUGUGACAAGUUUGAAAAUCUGGCUGAUGCAGGGGGAUGUGAUCCCUCCAGCAUUAUCUUCCCUGCCGAUGGAACUUUUCCUGUGAAGGAUUUUAACGUACAAGAUGGUCUUCGGCCAGAAGAUGCUGUGCAGAUCCAGCCCCAGGAAGUGCGCUUCAAAAUCAGACCAAACAAGCCAAUGAGGAUCCCCAUCACCUUCCGACAAGCCAAGAAUUACCCUGUUGAUCUGUACUACCUCAUGGACCUCUCAAACUCCAUGGAGGAUGACAAGCUCAAGCUGGCCGAACUCGGCAACCGUAUUGCUGAUGAAAUGUCAGAAAUCACCAAGAACUUCCGUCUUGGCUUUGGGUCCUUUGUGGACAAAGUGGUCAUGCCCUAUGUCAGUACGGUUCCCGAGAAGUUAAACAUGCCGUGUCGGAUGCGGAACGGACAACCUUGUGAGUCUCCAUACGGCUUCAAGAACCAGCUGCGUCUUGACCUUGAUACUACACUCUUCGCACAACAAGUACGAGCUGCUAAUGUGUCUGGUAACCUUGACGCCCCAGAGGGAGGUUUUGAUGCCAUCAUGCAGGCUGUUGCGUGUGAUGAAAGUAUAGGCUGGAGAGAUGUAUCCCGUAGAAUGUUGCUAUUCUCGACUGACGCGGGUUUCCAUUACGCGGGCGACGGGAAGCUUGGUGGUAUUGUGAAGCCGAAUGAUGGACUCUGUCACAUGGACUCCUACGGAGUCUACACCGAGAGCUCCAACCAGGAUUACCCAUCAGUCAGUCAGAUCUCAGCCAAGAUCAUCGAGAAGAAUGUCAACAUUAUCUUCGCUGUGACCAAGGACCAGACACCAGUGUAUGAGAAACUCGCCACUGCUAUUGAAGGCUCUCUAGCCGGAGAACUUGCUAACGACUCUUCAAACAUCGUAGAUCUCAUCAGGGAAAAUUAUGACAAAAUUACUUCCAAAGUCAUUUUGAACACACAAAAUGCAGAGAAUGUUACUGUCAAGUUCUUUUCCAAGUGUUUUGGAGACAAGAUGAAAGAAACCAAUGAAUGCGAGGAGCUUGGGAUUGGUGCCAAUGUGACGUUUGAGGUGGAGAUCACAGUGGCCGAGUGUCCACGUGACAGAAGCCGAUGGAACCGGACAGUCACUAUUUACCCUGUAGGACUCUCGGAGAAGCUUAUCCUUGACUUGAGACUGAUCUGUGAAUGUGAUUGUGAGAAACCAGGACAGGAGAUUCCCUACAGCCCCCUAUGUUCGUCUGGCAAUGGAACGUAUGAGUGCGGAAAGUGCACAUGUAACCCGGGGCGAUAUGGGAAGAACUGCGAGUGUGACUCCAGCAAAGUCUCUAGUGAAGAGUCGGAUGCCAAGUGUAUCAAACCCAACUCGACAGUGCCGUGUUCCGGCCGAGGACAGUGUGUGUGCGGGGUGUGUGAGUGUUUCCCCCGCACAGCCAACUCUGCCCAGAAGUACAGCGGAACAUUCUGCGAGUGUGACAACUAUUCCUGCGACUACUCUGACGGGGAACUGUGUGGAGGUCCAGAGCGAGGUCGCUGCCAGUGCGGCACCUGCAUCUGCAACGCCCAGUACAACGGCAGCGGGUGUGACUGCAACACCGACAAGUCCAAGUGUUUCACCGACAACGGGUUGGAGUGUAACAAGCAUGGCAAAUGUGUCUGUGGCAAGUGCGAGUGCAACAAGACAGAGAGAUACAUUGGCCCCACCUGUGAGGAGUGCCCGACCUGCCCUGGGAAGUGUCUGGAGCAGAAGGAGUGUGUGCAGUGCCACGCCUUCGAAACCGGCCCGAAGUCCUUGGAACAAUGUCGGCGAGACUGUAAAAAUAUUGUCGUUCAGAGUGAAAUAAAAGAGUCGGAUGGUGUGCGGAAGUGCCAGUAUCGAGAUGAGGAUGAAUGCCACUUUUAUUUCACAUAUGAAUACGACUCAGACGGAGAACUACACAUUAAAGUCCAGAGAACUAAAGUGUGCCCCGAGUCGGUGAAUGUAUUAGCUAUUGUCGGUGGCGUUGUGGGAGGUAUUGUUGCUGUGGGUCUCGCUCUGCUCUUGAUAUGGAAAAUGUUGACAAUCAUUCAUGAUCGGAGAGAAUUUGCCAAGUUUGAGAAGGAGCGACAGAAUGCCAAGUGGGACACAGGCGAGAAUCCUAUCUACAAGCAAGCAACAUCAACUUUCAAGAACCCAAUGUAUGGUGGACGACAAUGAUCACUGCCGAUGUGUUAAUUACUUCAAACAUCUUCCUGCAGGCACUGGCGGCCAUCUUUGUUUUCCAUCAAGGCAUCAAGCAGACAAAAUUUUGUCUGUGCUUUCUGAGGACGUCAGUUGUAAUAACUGAUUGUGAAUGAUUACAUCUUUUAGACCUCUUUGAUGUUAGAACUGGUUCAUGGAAGGAAAUAUAUCUCUGGUAACCAGUGUGCAAUUAUUAGUGGGCAAGAUUAUUCAUUGAUGGAUCGAAAGAAAAUUUGAGUCACUAUAUACAAAUCACAAAACCAUAUGUAUGUUACUGAUGAAACCUUACAGAAACAUGUGUUAAUUUAUUGUUUUGUUGCCAUGACAGCCUUUAUUCCAUCAGUUGUCAUGGAUAUAGAGUUCUAUGAUGAGUGCCUUUUAGGGAGAUGAGGAUUGAAUUUCUCCACACAAAACUGGACUUCAUAAAUACCAUGGUAGAUAUAGCGGCAGGUUAUGUAGACAUCAGGGCAGAGUGGUGACAUGUAGGCUAGGCUGCUUUGAUAUCAGGGUAGAACACACUGGUAGACGAGUGGACCACUUUGAUGUCUGGGUAGAACACAUUGGUAGACGAGUGGCCACUUUGAUAUCAGGGUAGAACACACUGGUAGACGAGUGGACCACUUUGAUGUCAGGGUAGAACACAUUGAUAGUAGAGUGGCCACUUUGAUAUCAGGGUAGAACACAUUGGUAGAAGAGUGGGCCACUUUGAUAUCAGGGUAGAACACAUUGAUAGAAGAGUGGGCCACUUUGAUAUCAAGGUAGAACACAUUGGUAGAAGAGUGGGCCACUUUGAUAUCAGGGUAGAACACAUUGAUAGAAGAGUGGGCCACUUUGAUAUCAAGGUAGAACACAUUGGUAGAAGAGUGGGCCACUUUGAUAUCAGGGUAGAACGCAUUGAGAUGUCAAGGUAGGACUUUUGGUAUCAGGGUAAAAGAGUCUUAAAAUUGAAAGGUCUGUCUAAUACGUCAGUGUCUCAGAUGCAUUUUGUUUUGAGUAAAACAUUCCCAACAAUGUCAGUUUUAAAUAAUGUGUUUUGAUUAAUUCAAAGAAAAAAUGAUUCCAUCGAUUGAUGUCAAAAUAAUGAUUUCCUCUAGAGAAGGACAUGGUUAUUAUGGAGUCCUAUUUUGAGUGCAAAUAUACACAUGAAAGUCCAGUAGCAUUAGCGUGUAGAAAUCUUCAUCUUCCAGUCAAGUUGUCCACAUUGUAAAUACUAUGUUCAUCAUGUCUUGUGUCCAUGGCAACCAUUUGUCAUAUACAAUGCAGUGGGGUGUGAUACGAUACAUAUCAAAAACUGGCUUGAAAAAUGAAAUUUCCUUCUACGGCCAAAUAAUGUAACACUACUUGUGCUUAUAUCUUUUGUAUGGAUGCAGAAUUUCAUGAUAAGAACUCAUAGUGGGGGGCAACACAUGGUGGCUCUAGUUCUGGGUGAUACCUAUUCAGUACAAGAGUGCACCCCCUGUGUACCCCUCUGAAACUACCAGUUGGAUGCAUGUGUUGUAUCUGCCGCUGUUGUGUUGUUACCAUGGUCACAUGGUCACAUGACAUGCUGGAGGAAGGCGUUAUUGUAUAUAUUGACCAUUUUGUUGUACCAUGUAGCGCUAUCUGUCUCCUUGCUGUUUAUAUAUAUAUAUAUACUGAUCUCUUUCUUCAGGAAAUCCUGUUUAAUCAAAAUUUAUUGCCAUUGUAGCUAGUCAUGUUUAUAUCUGUCUUUUGCAAAAAUAUACACUCAGUCCCAUAUUUAUAUAUCAUCUAUGCUGCGUAUGAUUUGUUUCAUAUUUUCAACAACGGUGGAUGUGAUCAAUAGUCAAAAACAAAACGUGUUCACCACAGGCAAAGUGAUUCAUUCUAUGACAAAUAUGACCUUUCACUGUUUAGAGUGACACUGCAAUGUUUGGCCUGAAAGCUAUUGUAGACAAGAAGACUACUGUGGAUAAUUCACAGUAUUGUGUUGUCACUAUGACCAGUAAGUUUUAAUCAAAGCAGUCAGCUCACUGUGUCAAGGUGCAUUUUCAAACAGGAGUCUUGUUUAGUGCCAUUCUAGGAGUUGAUGAGUAGACAUGAAAGGAUACAACUUUAUGGAGAACAAGCAGUUUGUUCCAAAGGGAUAUUUUGAUGGAGAUCCUUUCACUGUUCUCAAGCAGGACUUUUUCCAGCUUUAGAACGGUAUAAGAAUCUUCACUGAAACAUCACAAACAGGAUUAGUGUCAAUGCUCUCAGAGAAGGAACAUGGCAUGACAGGCUUAUAUCUGGAGUGGAGUCACCCUUUAAAUGUAAAUUUGAUCUUGUAUUAGAUCAUGCAGUGCCUCUUGAAAUGCAUUCACAUGUUUAUCUAGUCAAACUUUAACAACAAUGUGAUCAUUGAAUGCCUUUUUUCAGAACUGCCAUGCAGUUAUAUUUUUUAGAUAGUUUUGCUUUUUCCUGUUCUACUGUCACAAGAACAAGUUUCUUUCAUUAAUUUAUUCCUGCUUGUUAUAUUGUGUACAGGGGGCACGUGUAGCGUGUACAGGGGGCACGUGUAGCGUGUUCAGUACGCCAUUAGCUUGUAUUACCUCCUUGGGAGGCCAUAGAGACCAAAGUCACAGAGCAGUCAUAGGGCUUCCAGACUGGCAUGGCCUUCCCCUAUGCUUGCAUUUCCCCAACUUACAAGGAAAACAUUGUGUUAUUCACAAAUACUGAAGGUAUGUUGUACAUUAGAGCACAAUGUGCUGAAUCUGUGAAUCUAUUUAUGCAGAAACAGUGGAGGAAAUUAGACUUGAAAUGAAAUUCCAGUCACAAACUGGUUCGAAUGCAUAUUAUUUUCAUUUUCAUCAAGAAAUUCAUAUUGUUUUGGUAAAAUUUAGUUAAGAUGAUAAUCUGGUCCACACUGUUUUUAGAGACAAUUUUUUAUGAAAUGAAAGUAUACAUGAUGGGAACUGUUGGAAAAGGGUUUUGAAGUGUUGGUAUCAUUUAGAUAAUUAAUCAUUUUCCGACACUCAGUGUAAAGAACUAAUAAUUAUUAGUGUUUACUAUACUGAGUAAAACAAGUUAGGGAUCAUGAAUAAAUUUGGGGACAUUUUUUGGAAAUGAAUUUUCAUAUAUUCAUGAUCCCUAACUACUUUUGACCAGUAUAUAUAUGGAUGAAGAGUUAUUUUAAAGUCCGGUACGUCCAAUCUGUUCCUUGUGUUUACCCUGGUUUGGUUGUCAAAGAUAGAUGAUAUCUGUAGAUCUAUGUGGUUGUGACUUGUUAUGUUGGCUCCUUCAGGACCAGACAUUCAUAUGUGCUUCUUCUUAAGUGUUUUUUGCAGUAACCAAAGAUUCCAAGUAUUAUUUUAAUUUGUAGGUCACAAAGUUUUAAAGUUAUUUGAACAUGUGCCAAUUAGACAAAGUGAACCAGAGUUCUAGUCCCAGUGCUUAUUUGAAUGUCUAUGACACUUUAAUAAAAUGAUUGCACCUUCUGAUACCCCCGGAUUAGAGCAACGGGAACCUGUGUGGUCGUCAUGCCGUGACCAAAUGUGUCGGGUGGUCAGGCUUGGUGACUUGGCUGCUUGCAUUACAUUGUACUUUGAUGGCGUGGAUCAUUGCUCACAGUGUCGAUCACUGGAUUGUCUGGUCCAGACUUGAUUAUUUACAGACCUCUGGAAUAUUCCUGAGUGCAGCGUUAAUCAACAAAUACCUAAAUCUAGUCCAUCUUUUUCAAUUGGUUGGUCACAAUGGGAUAAUUUUCUUCCAAAGUUGAAACAUUUAAACAAAUACUGCCAGUAUACAUUUGAUUAACAUCAUAUUGAUUGGUCAAAUCUACCCCUGGUUCACCUGACACGACCUUCUCUUAAAGUUUCCUCAGAUCUUAUCGUAUCAGAGUGCGAGAUCUGACAUGAACACCUAUAUGCUUGUCAAUGUGCAUCAGUGCUUGAUUCUGUAACCCUUUAGCCAAUAUAUGUUUUUGAUAUACAGCAAAUAAUUGCUUUUGAUUGAUGUUGUAAGGUGAAUAGUAUGUAAGCUAAUGAGGCAAAUAUGGCAACGAAACAUUGUCUACAGCAUUAUUUUAAUAAUUUUAUGAUUCAAAUUCAAUAUUUCAAGUGCUUUCCUCAACACCCAUCUUUUGGUCCUACCUCGCAGAGUUUGACAUCCUCGAAUCUCAUUUUUCAUAUGUACAGUGUCUGGUGGGCCAUACUUGACAAGACUUGUGUCAUACGACCUUGAGCAAUCCAACCAUGGGGUUGCUAUAUUUGCAAUGUGUUUUACCUCUCUUCAUUUGUUAAACUGUUUGGUUGUCAAAGAGAAUGUCUCUUUUAAUAUCUAUAUGUGGUGUGAGUGAGUUGUGUGGCCCAUGGUAUAUCUGCACACAUUACCUUAUUCAACAUAAUAAACAUGUAUGGCAUCACAUCUUGCCUUGGGUAUGCACCUUUUUUUAAAUUAACUAAUCAACUGAAUUUUACUAAGUAAAGCUUUUUGAUAUUUCAAAAAAACAUAAUUAAUAUUUAUUAUAAGAUAAUACAGGCAGAAAGGAAAUUAGUAUUUGUUAUCACAUGAAGGGAGUUUUAUAUAUCCCAGCAUGGUUAUUAUGUUGUACACGGUAUGUGGGCAUUGGCUAGGAUACCUCGGGAAUCACUAUAUGCCUAAUCAUGCACUAUAGUGCUAAAGUUUGUUCACUUAAACACAAAUAUUGCUCUAUUGCCAAGAAAAGCAACACUUGAACAAAAAUGUACUUAUAUCUCAUAUAGUAACCAAGUAGACGACCCUACCUUGAUAUUAAUUAUAGCAUUUAAUACAUACUUUUUCUUUCAGUGUAUUUGCUAAACUGUGGUUACUUGUGCUGCUCUUGGCCUGAAUUUUGUUUAAGAAGGCAGGGUCUAUUUACUUAAUAAUCAAAGUACCAGUGUGUAGCCAUGCAUAUUUGGCAUAUUUUGUAUUUUUGUAUGUCAUGUCGAUAUAGCUUGCUAUACAAGAGGGGGUCACAAGCUGAGUCAGCAAGGUUAUGCUGUAUCUGUAUAUGAGGGUAUUCACAGGGCACCUGUCAUCCCAAGACUGCCUGAAUAUUCUGCGUUGGAAGUAGCUAGGCUGAAACUAUGCAAUUGAACUACGAACUGUUGCAGGCUGCUGAAGUGCCUGGUGCAAGUGCUGCUUAUCCACUUCUGUCAUGGUCAUGCUUGUUGUAAAUACCUGUAAACCCACGCAGAGAAACGGUUUUGAUUUCAUUAUCCUGUAUCUUAUCCUAACUGAUGUAUUUUUGAAUAUUUUCAUGUUUUGUUGAUAAACACAGACCUAUAGUAAUAAUUCUUUGGAUUAUUAUGAUUAUCAAAUAUUGUUUUAAAAUCCUUGUAAAACUUUGCUUAUCCAAAGUAUAACCAUUUUAUUAUGAAUAAGAUUUUUUUCACUUUCAAAAAGGUAAAUUUUCUGAAUAGAUUUGGUCAUGCAACAGUUUGUUUUUAUCUUUGAUACAAGUAGUGUGUGGAAGGUUUAUUUAAUUACCCUAACCAUGGAAACAAAUCCUACAUACCAAACACGCAGCAUACACAAAAGCAUAAUUGUGUAGUAAUAUGUAUUAUAAUUUGUUAUACAUUGAAGGCAUUUUACAUACUUACUGAGGUAGUUAGUUGAUUGUAUCUUGACAGUUGUGUAUUUGUGAGACUGUUUAUCAAAUAGUAUCUACAUGUACUUUGGAAUGAAAACAUUAGAUAUGUACAUAACAUUAUCAUUAUGAUGUAAAAAUAUGUUCAUAUAGAUAGCAACGUUUUAUCUUGUAUUGACAAUUUAGCUGCUACUAAUUCAUAUUUAUAACUGAAAACACAAUCGUAUAAUAUUACAAUAAUGAUCCGUGUAAGGUCACAACAAAUUUCAUGCUUGUUUUCCAGAUUUGUUUGAGUAAACUGAGAAACUUUUCCUGAAAAAAAUAAUAGUCUUGGUUCUCAGGCACCGCCCGCUUCCUCCUUACAUCCAUCGCAUGUUUCGUUUUUAUUUUCCAUUUUCAAAAAAAAUUUAAAAAAAUCUUUAAAUCACACGACCCCGGCAGUGAAAUGCUGCAAUACUUAAGAACAACAUGAUUUUACCAAAAAUUGUAAACAAAAGGUUAGUUACAUACUAGCUUGAACAACUCCCAAAAUCACCCUCGCGCACUAUAUUUUCAAAAGCCAUUGCCUGAGAACCAAUUCUUUUAUUUUCUUAAGCCUCAGCGUAAUGGAGAGAGGAAACAAUUUUGUUUCGGGCAUAUUUUGAUUGUGGUUCUGGUGUGUAGUUAUUCUUGAACAGAAAUAUAGACUUUGUGGUGAAAGAGAAUGGAGAAUCAUUACUACCCUAAAAUGAUCUAAAAAAUAUUAAUGGUGCUUUCCCGAUUUAUUAACAUUUAGUUUGAUUUACCGGUACACAUUUCUUCUUAAACCAUGACACCAUAAGGUCGGUUGUUUAAAUGAAAACUAAAAGUAUAUUUGAAACCAUUUUAAAAUGAUUUGGUGUUGGGUGUACACAAAGCAAGUAUUUGAAAGUAGAGAAGUUACUUCCCUUUUUCACCCUUUUUGAAGGUUGGCGUUACACUCAAUUUGAAAUUGUAUUAAAAAAAUAAAGAAGACUAUCAUGAAUUUUAUUCAGAAUUUGCCUGUUAUUGUCAGUGGAUCUGUAAACGAAGUUAUCACAACAUUAAAGAUAAGCAAUCCUGAUGUCUCGAGAUGAAAAUGAUGCUGAAUAAUGUCUGCAGAAUUCAACACAAGCCGAAUUUAGUAGCUGAACGUGUAUUAAUAGACCAUGGGCAACAGACAUUAAUAUAUCAUUUUUAAAGUAGUUUUUCAACAGCCAAUAACCAACUCCCAAGAACAGUAUAGAAAAAUUCUUUUGCAUAUUGUGUAGAAGCAAGUCACAUUGCAUGAAAUAUGAAUAUUGAACACUUCAAAGAACAUGAUUCUUUACUUGAAUGACUACUUAAUUUGUGUUAUUUAGAAAUGAUUCGUCAAUCCUGAUAAUAAUCUUUAGAACUUUUAGCUCAUUCUAAUAAGUUUGUGUCAGUUCUUGAAUAAUGAAAAUUGUACCCCUUCAAUUGUUUUAAGAAGAAUGAUAUAAUAACAGAACAGUUCAAUGUCUUCUUCCAAUAUUCAUGUGUUAAUAAUAUUUUGGAUGUUACUGUGUUUGAACAGAGACAUCUUCCUACCCAGUUACUUGUGAGACCACUUAAACUCGGAAGUACUUGAAGGUGUCUCAUUUGUAAUGUUGCAUGAAGGCUAAAAAAACCCAACAAAUUUGGUUCUAAGGCCCUGCCGACAUCAUCAUUAAAUCGCUGCACGUUUCAUUUUUAUUUCCAUUUAAAAAAAUAUUUCAAAAAUCCUUAAAAAUUCCAUGUCCAACGGAAGUCAAAUACAGUAUACCAGUAUUUUACUCCUGAAGAACUACAUUUAUGUUGGGAGGCCCUUUCCUAGGUUGAUUGUACACAACUGUUUAUUUGGUGACACAACUGUUUAUUUUUGGUUACACACUGGUUUGAACAACCAAAAAAAAAAAAAAAAAACACUGCCUACAUUUUCAAAAGCCAUGGCCUGAGAACCAAUUCUUUUAUUUUUUAAGCCUAAGAUAUAAAUGUAUAAUGUUUUCUUAUGUUAAUGUAAAGAUGUUAGGAUCAAAUACCUUCUGUCCUUUUAUGCAUAUAUGGACAUUCAAAAAAAAUAUUUAAGAAGAAUAAAUUGUUACAUGGAUUGCAUGAGACAAUAAGUUAAUUUGAUUUCAAUUUUUGUCGUUUGUUAGUCUUCAAUUAACAAGUUGGCAAGAGUUUCUUUGAGACUGACGAAUGAAGGGUGUGUCUAAGUCGACAGCUGUCCGAUUAUAUUCUAUCAUUUCUGAUCCACAUUCAAUAGCCUUUCUGAAAUAAACUUGAACAAUUUUAUAAACA